ACCAAUGCAGCAUGGCGGGAUAAACAAAUGGAAAAAAGCUUGUUCUCCCUGGCCAUGGCUGCUUACCCUAGAAGAUUUUAUUUUGAUUAGGGUAAGCAGCAGCCAGAAGCAGAAGCAGAAGCAGAAUCGGGAGGAAUGUUGCGGGGAAGGGAAGAGCUUCAGCCGAUUGGUGGGGAAGCGCAGAAGAUUCCUCCCCAAUCGUCAUUCUCCUUUUCAAUUCCAUUUCCACCCUUAUCAAUAUCAUCCCCGACUCAGCUUCAGCCUCAGACCUCGUUGAAAAUGAAAAUGGAAGAAUGCUGUCUCCAAUGGAGACGGAAAGAAAUCCAAACUACACCGCGGUCUUCUGAUUGGGUAUCUGGUCCUGUUUGUUCCUCUGAACUUUCUGCUCAACGCCACAUCAUCAACUCUCAUUUAGAGAAUUUCAUCUCCUCUCAACAAUUUGCUCCCUCUCUUUCUCCCUCUCUGAAUUGGUCUUACUGUACGUUAUAUAUAUGCAUAAAUAGCACAUGUCCUACUUCCAGCGGUUGGGGGAUAUGAAUUACAUGGUGGAAGAGGCAGAAAUGGUCGAUUUCGUCAAUGAAAUGGAUGGAGGAGCCACCGCCGGUGUGGAAGAUGUUGAAGCCAAUGAAUACGACUUGCUUACCAAGGCUACGGAUACAUCUUCUGGGCAGGCCAGGAAUGGGCAAGACAUACAGGGUAUUCCCUGGGAAAGAUUGAAUAUAACCAGGGAAAAAUACAGAUUGACCAGGCUUGAGCAGUACAAGAAUUAUGAGAACAUUCCAUUAUCCGGCGAAGCUGUCGAUAAGCGGUUGGGGGAUAUGAAUUACAUGGUGGAAGAGGCAGAAAUGGUCGAUUUCGUCAAUGAAAUGGAUGGAGGAGCCACCGCCGGUGUGGAAGAUGUUGAAGCCAAUGAAUACGACUUGCUUACCAAGGCUACGGAUACAUCUUCUGGGCAGGCCAGGAAUGGGCAAGACAUACAGGGUAUUCCCUGGGAAAGAUUGAAUAUAACCAGGGAAAAAUACAGAUUGACCAGGCUUGAGCAGUACAAGAAUUAUGAGAACAUUCCAUUAUCCGGCGAAGCUGUCGAUAAGGAGUGCAAACAAAUGGAGAAGGGAGGCUACUACUAUGAAUUCUCCAUAAUACUAGAUCGGUUAAGCCCUCUAUACUUCAUUUUCAGGAACAAAGAUGCAAUUGACGUGUUGAAGUGGUUGCUUUCUUAUUUUACUUGUGAUGGAAGAAGGUACAUUGAAUUUGGUAUUUAACAAUCAAUAUACUGUAAAAGGGACUAUCAUGGUACAAACUUGGCUUAUUUACCAUGUUUUUGAAAUCAAUCUGGAACUGCUGGCAUGCAUAACAAAUCUUGUUAUGAACAGCAUGAUUCCCCAAUUAGUCAUCAUCAGUCUAUCAGAAUAGCCUUAUCGUUGUUGUAUUGAGAUAUUUAAAGAAAACUCUUGUAGUUCUAUCCAGUGCAAGGUUGUGAAUUUCGUUGUGUUUCA